GAAAAAUCACAUGAGAAUUCACACAGGAGAGAAACCAUUUAGCUGCUCUGAGUGUGGGAAAAGCUUUGGUCAAAGUGCACAUCUGAAAGUACACAUGAGAUGUCAUACAGGAGAGAAACCAUUUAGUUGCUCUGAGUGUGGGAAAACCUAUGGUCAAAGUGCAAGUCUGAAAGUACACAUGAGAUCUCAUACAGGAGAGAAACCAUUUAAUUGCUCUGAGUGUGGGAAAAGAUUUGAUUACAGCGUAGCUUUGAAGAAUCACAUGAGAACUCACUCAGGAGAGAAACCAUUUAGCUGCUCUGAGUGUGGGAAAAGCUUUGGUCAAAGUCAACAACUGAAGGUACACAUGAUAUCUCAUACAGGAGAGAAACCAUUUAGCUGUUCUAAGUGUGGGAAAAGAUUUGGUUACAGUGUAGUUUUGAAGAAUCACAUGAGAACUCACACAGGAGAGAAACCAUUUAGCUGCUCUGAGUGUGGGAAAAGCUUUUGUCGAAGUCAACAACUGAAGGCACACAUGAGAUCUCAUACAGGAGAGAAACCAUUUAGCUGCCCUGAGUGUGGGAAAAAAUUUGGUUACAGUGGAGACCUGAAGAUACACAUGAGAUCUCAUACAGGAGAGAAACCAUUUAGCUGUUCUGAGUGUGGGAAACGAUUUAGCUAUAGUGGAGAUCUGAAGAAACACAUGAUAUCUCAUACAGGAGAGAAACCAUUUAGCUGCUCUGAGUGUGGUAAAAGAUUUGGUUACAGUAAAGUUUUGAAGAGACACAUGAGAAUUCAUACAGGAGAGAAACCAUUUAGCUGCUCUGAAUGUGGGAAAUCAUUUACACAAAAUGGAAAUUUACAUAAACACAUGAAAACUCAUGAGGGAGAAAAGUGAUUCAGCUUUUCAACCUGAAAAAAAAAAUCUAUUUGGAAUAAGAGAAGAGAAUUCAUACAGGAGAAAAACCAUUUAGCUGCUCAUUUUGUGGGAAAUCAUUUACACAAAAUAGAACUUUACAUUCAUACAUGAAAAUUCAUGAAGGAAAAACGUGAUUCAGCUGUUCAGUCUGAAAAAAAAAACGUAUGUGGAAUAAGAUUUUAAAAAGACUCAUGACUGACACAGACCCAAACAUUUAUGUUUAUAUAUAUUUAAAUAUAUGUAUUUACUUACUUACCAAGAUCAGUCUUGUACAGCCAGGGGGAGUAUUUCCCCUCUGACAAGCUGGGUCAAAACCUUUGGUGGUGACUGGACUUUUGCUGCUUGUCAGGGGCAGGGCAUGCAGC